ACUAUACUUGAUAAGGAUCCUGUGUGGUCGAAAUCCGAGCCUGGCCGGUUCAAUAGUAGACCACUUAUUUCUGUCGGCUGUCUCAAUAUGGUUGACAAUACUUGGUGCAUAUAUGCGUAGGCGAAGAACAGUUCUAUAUAUACUAGUUGUACUGGAUACACGGACGGGCAAGUCUGCUAGCCUUCUAUGCCUAAUCCGAGUCCAGCUGUUCCAACAGAUAAGCACGAUCCGAUACAUAGGAAUUCGUGGCGGUAUGUCAUAUGUCACAAUCCGACCUGCUCCCUCUCCUUCGAGCCUUCAAGUAAUGCUUCAGCCUCGUAUCAUCAUUGCUCAUGCAACACUCACUUCGACGCCACCUAGUCGAGGCAAUUCUUACUCAUUUCUCUUUUCCCAAAUUUUGAUUUAAGAUUGAGCCUUCCAGACUCUCUUAACGGCCUCGGUUAGACCGACGUCGUUCGUCUCGAAUUCGUAUAGGCCGACGCCGACGAGGGCGGUGGCAGCGUUGAGGAGCCACAUAGCGGCCUUGCGGGCCUUGGGAUAGCGGCUGCUAGGAAUAUAGUCGAUGAUGACGGACUGAAAGCCGAGGUGGCUGUGGACUAGCAGUAGAGAGCAUAGAAUUGCGUCGAGGCCGGGGUUUAGCGAACCGCCGGCGAAAGGCGCAAUGGUAAGCGGGAUGAGACCGGCGGCUACGAGACGCUCGAAGGUCCAGUGGUAUGAACCGUGGGAAGGGCUCGUCUCGGGGAUCGGCGCUGGGUCGUUGACUGUUAUUCGGAGGGGUUAGCGCCAAUUUUUACUUGUCUUUGUCGCUUUUCCUGAUUUUCUAUUUUCCAUCUUGAUAUCUCCCAUAUAAACUAUAAACUAUAGGAUAUUUCUAAUUUAUCGAUUGGUAAUGGGGGAAUUUAAGAAUCGCAUACCGGUUCCCUUGAUAACCU